UCUCGGUUUACAUUUUGCAUUUCCGCGAAUGAAAACUUUUAUUGAGUUAUGUUCGCAUAGCGUUUUAUUUCGUUGCUAUGUACCACUGUUUCAAUAAAUUAAAAAAUAAUUUUUUUUUAUUCAAUUACGUCCUAUUAUUGGCAUAACUUUUGGCGUCAGAAACCGGAGAUCAUCAUGCUAAGUUAUAAAAGUGGACAAGGUGCACCACCUAUGUAUGACUACUAUGUUGAAACUGAUCUAGAUGACUUUGAUCAACUGGUCGAUUACAGUAAAAAAUAUACAGAUCAAGAUUCUUAUGAAGUUCGCAAACAAAUUAAAUCUCCCAAAGUUUUGAUUCAUUUUCCAUCUAACCCUGGGGCCCAACCUGCGAAACAACAAUCCUGUAAUGAUGAACUUAAAGUUUAUUACAUGGAAGGGACUCCUCUUACUAUAUCGUCAUCAUCUUCUUUGUGUGACUUACGAGACAUUGGUGUAAAUACAUUAAUAUCGUCCAAGCACGAUGUUAAAAAAAAUGAAAAUUCUAGUUUCACACCAUUGGGUGAUGCUGCGUCGUUACGAGAAUCAUUUGCUUCUAAAAAGGAAGGUGAUGUACUGAUUACGAAUACUUCUUCCGAGAAAGGAAAGGAAGAUAUAACUUGUAAAGAAGGAAAGAAUGUUACAUUUAGAAAUGAAGAUAAUAUUUCAAAAGCUUCUUCUCCAUUGAUGUUUUCUCGAUCAAGUUCAAUAUGUUCCUUAAAUAGUUUUGAGCAACAGUCUCUGGUGGAUGAUCGGAGUUCCAUUAGUAUCUUUAGUACUUUGACAAGUGGCAUUAUUUCUCCAAGCGAACUUCCAGAUUCUCCCGGUGAAGCAGUAUCUCCAAGCCAUUUGCAAAAAGAUGUCCCUACUCGAGCAAUAUCGCCAAUCCUGAAGAGUGAUGCUGAUAUUUUAAAAGAUGAAAGUGAUAAUGAAUCUGUAAAUGUUUUAGAAGAUAGUAUUUUAAGCAAUAUAUCAGAUGAAGAUGGUUCUAAAUCUAAAGAAGUUGAUAAUCCUGAAAGCCGGACACUUCAAAGUGGGCUGCAACAGUUAAAUUACAAUAAUCAUUAUAAAUCAGAUGAUGAAUUGGAUUCUGAGGAAGAUAAUGCUCUUAUCCAGCAAUGUAUAGAACUUGGAAUGUCUCAAGAUGAUGGAAAGAAACUCAAUACAGAAUCAAGCAUAAUUAAAUGUGAAUCACCCUCUGAUACUGAACCAAUAGCAUCAUUACAGCAGCAGUGCAAGGUUUUGGAAGAAACUGAUUUAUGUAUGGAGGCUCAGGAUGAACACAAAAAACAAAAUACAUCUCUUUCUGAAGAUACAUCUGACUCUGAUGAAGAUGAUAUUCUUGUCAACCAGUGCAUUCAACUUGGAAUGCCUCAGCAAUCAUCUAAGGCAGUAGAAAAUCCCCAUUUUGUCAAACUGCAACCCCUGAACAAUGGGGUGAAAGAAGAUGUAAGAGAGUACUUUGCAGAUGGAAUUUCUGAUGAUGAUGAUGACGAUGAUGAUUUAUUAGAAAGUUGCAUACGAGCAGGUAUGCCUAGUCCCAAAGAACCGGCCAAAUUUCUAGAGAGUACCUCCAAUAUACCAAAAAGAAAUUCAGCAGAAAACCCUGAAACUUCAAAUCAGUUGUACAAGGCUGAUGCAAGAAAUGAUUGCAUAAAAAAGUACUGCAAUGAAGGCUCUCCUGAAAAUCAUACUUAUGCUACUGUUAAUAAAAUAUGGUCUGCAAAUUCCUCAUUUAACCAAGAUGGGCAUUUGCUCUCUUCAAAUUCAAUAAAUACUUCUCCAAAACAGAACUUCCUUAAUCCAUCAAAGUUCAUUGACAAACAAAGCAUGAGGGAUAACUGUCCGGAUGGAAUUUCUGAUGACGAUGAUGAUUUAAUUGAAAAUUGCAUUAGAGCUGGAAUGCCGAACACAGUGACCUCCAAAUGCCUACAUAAAAGACCUGCUGCUUCAUCAAAUGUGGAAUUGCCCAAAAAAAUUCAAAACUCAAAGCAGCAAUAUGUUUCAGAAAUGCGAAAUGAUAGUGUGAAAAAGUACUGUAAUGCAAGAUUGCCGCAAGGUCCAAUAUACUCACCCAUCCACAAUAAUACUGCUUGGAUAUCAGGCUCAAGCCUGAUUGAGGUAGAUUCCAUGCGAGUGUAUCAAACUGAAGAUACUCCAAUCCUUUCACCGUCUGCAUCAAUCAGUGAUUUGAGCUCUCUAUCAUUUAAUGAUGACAAAAGUUGCCAUGACAGUUUUCUCAAUAAUUCGCGAAAUUCGGAUUGCAGCUCAGAAUCUGAAGAUGAUGAAAUUCUCAUACAAUGCAUACGAUCUGGUAUGCCUUCUUCUAGAAGAACUGGGACAUAACUUAUAUGAAUAGGCUCUUCUUAAAACAUUUGUAAAAUAACAUGAGUUGGGUAAAUAGUAAUUUUCUUGUUUGAGAAUGUAAUAUAGAACACAUACAUUAGUGAAUCUACUUCAAAAUAGAGUAUUCUCUUAAAGUAUAUCCUUCUGACAGAAAUUUAAACUUGUGUGAAUUUUUACAUUAAAAUGUGAAAGAGCAGAUGCUUUUCUCAUUUACCUAAACGAUUUUUGUUGUACACAUAUUUAGUUUAAAAUAUCAUACAUUAUUGUUUAAUGGUCUAAUAUUUAGUAGAUUAUUUUAGAAGAGAUUGAUAAUUAGAGUGUUGAUUGGUAUUCAAUCGAUUACAAUUCACCUUAUCUUUUAAACUUUUGUAUGUUAGUCAUUGAAAAUAAAUAUUUAUAUAAUUUA